AUGAGCCGAAGCGUAAGAGAUCUACGCGAGCUUAUUUGUAUAUCAAGGUUGUCAUAUCAUGGAGAGGAAGAACAAGAUCCUGAGCCGGAAAAUUUGAACGCUGCGAGUGAAGACUUUAACGGCAACCGGGUUCCCAAGGAUACCAAAACCAAACGAAAAUCACCCAAGAAAAAGGUCAAAGAUAAAGCUAUAUCUGGGUUAGAAAGUCAUAAAAGCCCACCUCUGAGUCCUGGGGGCUCAAGCAAGGCGGUACUAUUACCCCCUAUUCGCAAUUCUUCAGCUGGAAGCAGUGGUUCGAGCUCGGGACGGAACUCUCCCGCAAGUUCUCUGACAAACGAAGAGCUGCAGCCAUGUCGACCUUUCUCAAGUAUUGCGAAGAAGUACCAGCCAAGAAAGACGAACUUUGAUGAUGUUCUUGUUUACAUGGACGCGACGGUGAUCACAGAAUGGCUAUCGCGGGCGAAUAAAUCCGUUCAAAGUCUGACGUCCUGGCUACAUUCCGGUUGUAAUUUUGUACACUUUGCUCAUUUUUGGUUGUCUGAUUUAGUCGAUAGCAAACGACGGGAUGCCAUAGAUAUGGAGUUCAGUAUUGUUAUGGACGAAGUGCAAUUUGCAUUUGGAGUUGGACUACAAGGAAAGGAGAUCUCGAUGGAAGACAUUAGAUCUUUAACUACAGCCAUAUUUUGGGAGUAUCCAGGGAAAUUAUCAGACACAGAGAAUCAGCAUUACUUCUUAACCAUGCUUAUAUGUCUGUGUUCUGGGAGACAAGAUAAUUAUAAAUCACUCCUUUCAAAUGUGCGGUGCUCAACAAACAAUAAGCAAUUUGCUCAGCUUGUCCUAGCUACAAGGUCGUUUACUAUCGUUAGUAUAUGUUCAGGGGUGAUAGAAUUCUUCAAGCAAGUUUCCCCUGUGAACCUUACACAUUGUGAUAUUACCUCUGCCCCGCAUGCUCAAGAUCUUAUCAGUGUUGCAAAACUCUUUGCUUUCCAAGCAGUAGAAAAAGGAUUUCUGGAUGUCUUUAAGUUUUUAGUGGAAGAAUAUCAGUUGGACCCAGUGUUGACUACUGACUCAUCUGACAAGACAUUUCUAUUCACUUCUGUCAUUAGUGGUCAAGAACAAGUAUUGAAUUACCUUCUCUCGCUUGAGCCAAGACCCAAUGUGAAUAAGGUGGUAUCAGCGUCAGGAAACACGCCUCUCCAUGCUGCAGUGAACUGUGGUAACCAGAGUAUGGUAAAGCUCCUGGCAAAUGCUGGUGCUGACUUGAAUGCUGCUAAUGAGGACUGUGACGGGGCCACUCCUCUCUUCUUAGCAAUUAUGAGUGGUAACUUGGCCAUGGUCUCUUUGUUGUUAUCUCUGGGCUGUAGGACCAAUGUGUACAUGGGAGCUUUAGCUGUCAGCCCACUAGACUUAGCCAAGGAAUUAGAGCUUCAUGACAUUGCUGAAAUGUUGGACAGUUCUCACAUUACAGAGUAAACUUAGCGGAGGAAUUAGAGCUUGAAAAUAUAGCUGAAAUGCUGGACAACCCUCACUUUACAAACCAGUUUUGCUGAGGUUUGUCUUUUGAGGAUAGAAAAACAGCUUAGAAAUACUCCUUUUUUGGUGCUCUGGUGGGACUUCAAUUUUUUGUUACCAUUGUUUUACCAGGUGUAAUGCUUGUUGAACAGCCUACUCCCUGAAGAGUGGUCGAGAAAAUAGGAGAGAAUCUUGGGACCAAAUUAGAAUGUGCAGAGUUUGGUUCAAGAUGUAAAGAUAUUUGUAGGGGAACAAUUCACCAAUGAUUUUAGCAGUGUUUUUGAAAAUUUGAGAGUUUGCAAAAUAACAAAAUCCAAAGUAUUAAAAGACCUCUGUUUUGCCAAAAAAUACAGCAUUGUGGUUUGCAUUUAUAUCAGGUAAAUGGUCAUACAUGGAGAAUAGUAUUCUUAUAUAUCAAUACAGGCACUAUACCUACUGAAAACAUAAAGAUUAUCGUACAGGGUAAGCCAGUUAGAUCCUUUCUAUAAAACUUUAAUACCACAGGAAAUCAAUUCACCUUUCUGUUUAUUAGACUUGGUUGAAAAAAUCUUAGGGGUUUUGUUACAAUAUGUGCCAUUUUCCCACCUACUCUUUUUAUAAGCAUGCUGGUUUACCCAAUGGCAUUGAACAUGCUGGUUUUAACCAAUGGGAUGAAAGGGGUAUCCACCUUGGGCCUGGUUUCCUUUUGUGCUAUAUGUCGCAUCUAGAGUAGUUUUCAAAAACACAUGAAAUACUAUUUAGUUUAUUUAGUACUAAUACACUGUAAUGUCUUUGUUCUCUUUUCUUCUGGCUUGGCUAUUACACUUUUGUUGCACGGGAUUUUGAAAACCACUCGAUCAGCAGUAGUUUUUCCCUAUAGAGGGGCCAAUUUAACCCAACGAUAUCCCGUUGCUAUGGCUACCAUUUUCAAUCACAAGAAAUUUAAAGCAUCCAUUACCAUUUAUACACUGUUCCUGUAUUUAUUGUUCUUUAUUUACAGUCUAAUAGUAAAUAGUCUUGGAAGAUAUAUAGUCUCUAAAUAUGGAUUAUUAGAUAGUUUUACUGAUGAAAGCAAAGUGUUUUGGGAGAGGUCUGUUGGCCUCUUGGGUGCUGUUAUCAAAUAAAACGUUUUAGAGUGUUCUUAUCUAUAUUCAUUAAAAACACAUUCGUACUCUG